UAUAAGCCUUCUCUAUGCAAUUACUUGGAGCAUCAGAACAAUCCCAAUACAUGUACUCAGGGUAUCAAGAAUAUAUUUAAUUCCUUUGAAAGCUUUGAAAAAGCUUUCAAAGAAACCUUUGAUAAUUCCAAUAAAGAAUGUAUUACAGCUCAGCAGCUUAUGAAUCUCAGACAGACCAAGUUAGCUUCUGCUUAUACAAUCAGAUUCAAGCAACUCUCAAUGCAAUUCUUAUAA